AUGGGUGGCCUUACAGUGUUUUCCGAUGGUGUUCAGAAUCUCAUUGAGAAGGGAUACAGAAAAAUUUCACCUUUCUUUAUCCCGUACGCUAUAACUAACAUGGGCUCAGCGUUGCUUGCAAUGGAUGUUCAGUCUCUUCAAUGUUUGCCACUUGUUGAGUGUUUUGUUAUGGAGAGCCUGGAGCAUGCAAUGAAGCGUGAUGCACCAAUAAUUGCAGAAUACUUGGGAGGGGCAGUGAACUGCGAUGUUUACCAUAUGACUGAUCCUAGAUCACAUGGACUGGGUGAUGCAGACAAGAAGGGAGUUGGUAUAAUUGCUGAGGAGGUGAAGCAGUUGGCUCAAAGAGCAAAGGAGAAUAGCUUAAAAGCAGCAGAUUAUGAGGGUGGCACGUUCACUGUAUCAAACUUGGGAGGUCCCUUCGGAAUUAAACAAUUCUGUGCCAUCAUAAAUCCUCCUCAGUCAGCAAUAUUGGCCAUUUGUUUUGCUGAGAAGAGGGUGAUACCAAGUGGCACUGAUGCUCAGUAUGAGUUCGGUUCAUUCAUGUCAGCUACGCUGAGCUGUGCAAUUGGCGCGGAAUUUCUGAAAGUGUUAAAGGGGUAUAUUGAGAACCCAACGUUAAUAUUGCUGUGA